GGUCCAGAGUUUCCUGGCUAAGUCGGGCUUCCAGGAUGUGUGGCAAAUGCACGCUGAGAAGGAAAGUCUUCCUCGUGCGCCGAGUUACGAGGGCGACUGGGGAGAACUUAGUGAAGAAAGCCUGGUGAAGUAUGGAGUCACGAGUGACCAG